AUGACCGAGAGCGACAGCCCCACCUUGUCUAUGCUGGAGAAGGCCAUCAUGCGAUGCGCAAGACGCAGGCCAUCCAUGGAGUUGAAGGAGGAUCCUCAAGAGGUGAGCCAACUGCCAGUCUUUCUGGGAAAUCGCCAGGUGCUUUCGCGCCAGCCACCUGUCCCAAGGGAGAAGACGGAGAAGACCAAGUGGGCAUGUAUGGUGGACACUGACAGUCCGAGCUCAGGGUCCGGUGAGCCAUGUCCCGAGCCUAGCCCAGCGCACACUGCAGCGAGUGAAAGAUCCCUCGAUGAGCAGUUUGAACGCAAUGCCGAGAAGAUGGAAAGCUACAAGGCGCCACGUAGACCGUGCUUUAAGAAGCCGACGCGGGAGGCACGGCUGCGACAGCUGAAGCAGGAGGUUCGAGAAUUCUGCGCCCUCUCCUUCGAUGAGGUGGAUCCUUUCCAGCAACAAGGUUUGACUUGUCGCAUGCUCGCAUUCCUCAAGAGUUUGAGCCGAGUUUUGACUUGGCAAGAAGGCGAAGUCCGUGGGGAGAUGCCAGCCUAUGAGAUGCUGGCUGUGCCAAAGGUGGACAUGCAGAUGUUCAACGUCGUCAGUUCCAAGGCGGAUGAGCUCAUCGAGAAGCACCGCUUCCGCCAGGCCUAUGAGCUGUUGUGCCGGAUGCGGCCCUGCUUUGAACCUGACGAAGGUGCAGCGGGCACAGUGACACAGGCUGAGUCUAGCCCUAAAAAGAAGGUGGCUGAGGUGGUUCCUUCCAGGCCUGCUGUCUCAGCGCCGCAGUGCCAGGAGAUUGCGCCAUGCCCACAGAGUGAAGCCAAAGCUGCCGUGCCAGAGGCGACGAGUCCGGCGAUCCAUCGCGGCGUUCCCCCAUCGGCCCGCCUGCCGUCGACCAGCGCAGGAGAAACGAAAGCCAAAGCGGCAGGUCGUCAUGAGAAGAGUGCGGCGGGACAAGGAGGUGGAAAGUACCUUUGCCGUGUGAAAGUGGGCAUCGAAGAGGAUGUGACAUUUCAGGUCUGCCGGCGCAUCAUCGGUCCUGGUGGCGAGAACAUGAAACGCAUCAUCGAAUCGACCGGAAAUGGAUCAGUGAAGAUCCGUUUGAGAGGCCGAGGAUCUAAGUAUUUGGAAGGCCCAGAACACAAGGAGUCGAAUGAUGACCUGAUGCUUUGCGUCAGUGCCACCAACAGGCGCUCCUUUGAGAAGGCUGCGAGCCUUGUUGAAGGUCUCAUCACUUCGGUGCAGCAGGACUAUGUGGCUUUUUGCCAGGCACGGCGCUUGCCGGUGCCAUCCUUGUCGGUGCGGCGUGAGGCCCAGCGCUCCCGCUGA